GUUUCUCCAGUCUUCCUGGGCUCAAUAAACCCAAGCCACAUUCCUGGGCCACUUCUGGAGCUCAGACAGCUGCCCGGGGUCCGCUCCGGGACUGACUGUGCUACCUGAGAGCAGGGAAGAUGCAUCUUGUCCACUGCCUGCUUCUCCUUCUGGCUGGGCUACUGGCCCUUUCUCAUGGUCAGCAGCCCCCAAAGCACCACAGCAAGGGUCACAUCCGCCACACCCAUCAGGAGGUUCCCGCAGCAGGUGAGGGCUCCCCCAGCCUCAAGAUCAUCCCAGGCAAUACGGUCUUUGCCCUCCGCUUCUACCACCUGAUUGCUUCCCAAACCCCCGCGGGCAACAUCUUCUUCUCCCCGCUGAGCAUCUCUGCCGCCUACGCCAUGCUGUCCCUGGGGGUCCGCUCGCCCAGCCGGACCCAGAUCCUUGAGGGUCUGGGCUUCAACCUCACGGAGGUGCCGGAGUCCGACAUCCACCGAGGAUUCCAGCACCUCCUGCACACGCUCCACCUUCCGGGCGACAGGCUGGAGGUCCGCGUGGGCAGCGCCCUGUUCCUGAGCCCAGAGCUGCAGCUCCUCCCGAGAUUCCAAAACGACUCCUCGACCUUAUAUGAGUCCAGAUUCUUCCGCACCAACUUCCUCGACUCUGUGGGCACAACUCAGCUCAUCAACAACCAUGUCAAGAACGAAACUCGAGGGAAGAUUGUGAAUUUGGUCAGCGAGAUCCGCCCAGAUACGGUGAUGGUGCUGGUGAAUUACAUUUACUUCAAAGCUCUGUGGGAGAAACCGUUCGCCCGCCUGAUGGCCACUCCCCAAGACUUCUAUGUUGAUGAGGCCACAACAGUCAAGGUGCCUAUGAUGCUGCAGGAUGCCCGGCACCACUGGUAUCUUCACGACAGAUACCUGCCCUGCUCGGUGCUGCGGCUGGAUUACCAAGGCAAAGCAACUGCCCUUUUCAUCCUUCCUAACCGAGGGAAAAUGAAGCAGGUGGAACAAGUUUUGACUCCACAGAUGCUAACAAGAUGGAGCAGCUUACUCCAGAAGAGGUAUUUUUACAGGAAACUCAAGCUGUAUAUCCCCAAGUUCUCCAUUAGUGGCUCCUAUAAACUGGAUCAGAUUUUGCCCAAGCUGGGCAUCACAGACCUGUUCUCGCAGCCGGCUGACUUGUCCGACAUCACCCAACAGCUAAACCUGCAGCUAUCCAGGAGUCUCCACAAGGCCAUCCUGGAGGUGGGUGAGAGCGGAGCCCAGGCCGCAGCAGCCACCAGCCACUCUUUCACCUUUCUGUCCCGGGACCGUCACCAAGCCCUUUGGUUUAACCGGCCCUUCCUCGUGGCGAUCUUUUCCACCAACACCCAGAGCAUCCUCUUUCUGGGGAAGGUUGUCGACCCCACGAAACCAUAGCCCUCCCAGGGCUGGCUUGUCUGUUACAAGCAGGAGGACGUGGACUGGAGGGCUGGGUGUGAGCAGCUUGGAGUGCGGGAGACAGAAGAUGCGGAAGAUCCAGGGCAGAAGCUGCUGGUGAGGGUGAAGGAUGGGGGUGGUACCAGAUGAGUGAGGACUGGACACUGAGCUCCCCAGGGCUGGACCGCCUCAGGCAGGUCAUCUAACCUCUUUGAACAGGUGUCCACCUGGAAAGUAGGAGAAACCCUCCCAGUGUAGUUGUACAGAUUAAACAAAACGAUGGCCGUGA